AUGGAGCCAUCAAAUCAACGAAGAAGGUUUUCUUGGACAAAGUUUCGAAGUCAAAGCUUCCCCGCAACCAGUUCAGAGCUCAAUUCUCCUGUGUUAGAAUAUACUUCGCUCAAGGAUCUGAUGCCCUCCUCAACAAGACCUAAAACUUGUUCGUCUCCAAAAGCUUUGGCUAUGCAAUCGGCUUGUCAAAUCCCAAUUAGCAACUUGUUGGUGCAGAAGGCUGCCUGGGCUUACUUGCAGCCCAUGCCAGAGCCAAGCGAAGCCGUACCGCGCUCGUCGACUAUGCAGCUUUUUGGUAAUCUGAAAAUCUUCAGCAGAAGUGUUGUUACUGCAAUCAGGCGUGUGUUUGGUAGGCUAUUAGGAGCAAUUCAUAUUCGUUGUUAG